UUCUGAGAACUUGGAUCCUCACAUCCAAAGCCAGUUGCCAAUGGGGGUUCCCUUUAAAUCCAAGCCAAGUCAUUUAUUUUUCACGCUUACUCUGUAGUACUUCUGCAAAUGUUCACUUUGCUUUAUUUUAUGCAAUGGGAACUUCAGAACAGGCUCACCCCAGUUCUGAGUUCAGUUUGCCUGUGUCCUGUCAGCCACAAUGUGAGCCUCUGGAGGCAGACACGGUUCUAUGCAGAGGGUGCAGGGCUGUACUGGGCAGGUGUGCGUGUCAGCCCUGUGCACCCGCCCACAUGGGGCCCCCAGUGGCCGCCGGGAGACCCGUGUGGGCUAAGGGCUUUGUAAAUUCAGACGCAGGAGGACAUCUCCCCCAGUGUGUGUUUGCUCGCUUCUUCCUCUGACACUAUGGAUGGGUAGACGCUCAGUGUGGUGACUGUUCCAUCUGAACUGGUCAGGCCAGGGCCCAGGACCGGGCAGGACCGGGCAUUCACGUUUGCCCUUGAGAGCUCGUGGUUUCCGGGGACCAUCACUCAGCACAGAGAACUCCAGGGCAGAAAGCCCGUCAUGGCCAGCCCGAGAACCAGGAAGGCCCUUAAGGAAGUCAGGGCUCAGGAUGAAAACAACGUGUGUUUUGAGUGUGGCGCGUUUAACCCUCAGUGGGUGAGUGUGACCUACGGCAUCUGGAUCUGCCUGGAGUGCUCGGGGAAACACCGCGGGCUCGGGGUGCACCUCAGCUUCGUGCGCUCCGUCACUAUGGACAAAUGGAAGGACAUCGAGCUCGAGAAGAUGAAAGCUGGGGGCAACGCUAAAUUCCGACAGUUCCUGGAGUCUCAAGAGGACUACGACCCUUGCUGGGCCCUGCAGGACAAGUACAGCAGCAAAGCGGCAGCUCUCUUCAGGGACAAGGUGGCCACUCUGGCCGAAGGCAGAGAGUGGUCUCUGGCAUCAUCGCCCGCCCAGAACUGGACCCCGCCCCAGCCCAGGACCUUGCCGUCCACUGCCCACCGAGCCUCAGGCCCGCCGCACAGCUCCACCGCGUCUUCCGACAAGGCCUUCGAAGACUGGCUGAACGAAGACCUCAGCUCCUACCAAGGGGCCCAGGAGAGCCGCUACGUGGGGUUUGGGAACACGGUGCCGCCUCCGAAGAGAGAUGAGCACUUCCUGAACAGCGCCGUGUCGUCCCUGUACUCGGGCUGGAGCAGUUUUGCAACCGGAGCCAGCAAGUUCGCCUCGGCAGCUAAGGAGGGUGCGACAAAGUUUGGAUCCCAGGCAAGUCAGAAGGCAUCAGAACUGGGCCACAGCCUGAACGAGAACGUCCUCAAGCCCGCCCAGGAGAAGGUGAAGGAGGGAAAGAUUUUUGACGAGGUGUCCAGUGGGGUGUCUCAGUUGGCGUCCAAGGUCCAGGGCGUCGGCAGCAGGGGAUGGCGGGAUGUCACCACCUUUUUUUCUGGGAGAGCGGACGACCCUUCAGACAGACCCCCCGAGGGCCCGGGCUGCCAGCACAGCGCAGGGGACGGCUCCCAGCACGGCGCCAUCGACCGGGGCUUCUGGGAGACCUUCGGAAAUGCCGAGCCUGCCCAGGCCCGCAGGUCCCCGAGCAGCGACGGCUGGGCCUGUGCCAAGGCCGCGGACAGCUGGGAUGUGUGGGGCUCAGGCUCCGCGUCCAACAAGAACAGUGAUGCCAGCGACGUCGGGAAGGCCUGGGGGGGCGGUGGGGAGGGCAGGGCCACGGCCGCGCAGGUGGACGAGGGCUGGGACAGCCAGGACUGGUAGGCCCCGGGUGCCGCGCGUCUGCCCUCCGGUGUCACAGCGCCUCCUGUUCCACCCGAGAAGCACCGGCCCCGGUGCAAAGACGGCGCCCUGGGCAGGCCCCUGGCAGUGGUGCCGCCGGCCUGUAGGGGAGGCCGGCCGCGCCCCAAUAAACACUCUCCGAGUGCUCGC